AUGUCUUACGAAUUGCCCAGCCAAGAUAUACAGAUCAGGUCUCCAAACUCCAAUUUUGACCAGGCUACAUUUCAUCAUCAUCGCCUCGUCGAUCUGAAAGUUUGGAGAGAUAAGGGGAUACGAAAGAACCAUGGAAGAGAACGUGGGGGGAAGAAGGGGGAAAAUUACAGGUUAAUCGCCCGUUGUAAAACGUGGGGAGAAGAAGGAGGAGGGUCAUCGAAACCGAUUGUUGGAACCGCAAACAACCGCCAAAAUCGAGUUUAUACAGACGAGAUUGAAAGAACUUGGAGUUUAGACGGCUGUGAUUUUGAGGACGACGGACAUCGAAACUACCUGUUCUACAGACUACGUUUUAAGGAUCAUUAA